AUGGACUCCGACCUGGGCCUCCCGCCGACACGGGCGAGACGCAAGCGCAAGAGUACCGCAUAUGCCGACCAUGACGGCGACGACAAUGACGAUGCGUCCUUCAAUUACCAGUCUACGCCGCGAAAAGCCAAAAAGAUUGAAAGCGCUCCUGAAGUGAUCGACCUUACCGGGGAUUCUCCAAAGAAGAUUCUCCCCAGCAAGAGAGGCAAGCGCGAUGCUGAUGCGCCUACCGAAGAGAAGCGUGCGAGGGUCUUUCGCAAGAAGGCGCCCCAAAGCUAUAUUGUUAUAAAGGAAAGAGCUCUAACCCAGCGUCUGACAGUCCUUUCGCGCGACCGCUGCGGAAGCGAUGAUGUGCCUGAGGAGAAGGUUAUUGUGGCAGGGUCAACGGGAAAUGUCUACACGGUCUCGAUCGGUCUCGUCCCAAGCUGUGACUGUCCACACGCGAAGAAGGGCAAUCAAUGCAAGCACAUUAUCUACGUCAUGCUACGUGUGUUGAAAGCACGGGAGGAGGUGGCAUACCAACUGGCCCUCAUCAGCGCUGAGCUGCGCGAAGUCAUCAAAAACGCGCCACCCAUUCCGGGUGUGGAGACCGACGGCAAGAACGGCACCGAACAAGAAGGCCAGGUCGGGAAUCGCAAGCCUAUCGAGGGCGAAUGCCCCAUUUGUUACGAUGAGCUCGGCAAGAACGAAGCCAUUGUAUACUGCAAGUCCAGCUGUGGAAACAACGUGCACAAGGCUUGCAUGCAGAAUUGGAUUGCCGUAUCAAAGGGCAAAGCGACCUGUCCAUACUGUCGCGCCAAAUGGGAGGCCGAUGUAGGCUUCCAAGGCAAGCUGGGUGAUGUCGAUACCAUGAAUUUGGAGAGGAACGAGGACGGCUAUGUCAACGUCGCAGGCCAACUCGGCCUCAGUGGCGAACGAGACUACUCAACCUAUAACCAAUACUGGGUGCGGCAACACCUGGGUCAAAGUAGGACAAGGGGCGGCUACGAUUUCGAGGAUGACUACUAGUCUGAGAGACUUUGCGGCACAAGGACGCAAUCAUCGAGCAGACAAGUGCAUUUGGCGUUUAGGAUACUGAUACCCGGCAGUAGCAGGCACAAGGUUCAGCUCAACACUGACUCCACAACGUGCAUUAUACACCACAUGUUUUGUGUAUUCUGGUCGAUACAUUCUCUCGCUUUCCUUGCUUUUCUCGCUGAUGCCCAUGUCCCGGCUUCGGCUUCGACCAGCCCAUCUUGGAAAUUACCAACCUUCAAGAAUAGCACAAAUAGUGAUCGGCCACCACUGACGCGGCGAAACUCCCCCC